AUGGAUGGCCGGAAGAAAAAGAGAAAGGUCCUCUUGAUGGGCAAGAGUGGCUCGGGUAAAUCGUCUAUGCGGUCGAUCAUAUUCAGCAAUUAUGUUGCCAAAGACGUACGGCGCCUUGGGGCGACCAUUGACGUUGAGCAUAGUCAUGUCAAGUUUAUGGGAAACCUGACUCUGAAUCUCUGGGACUGUGGAGGACAAGAUGCCUUCAUGGAGACCUAUCUCGCCUCACAGCGUGGGAACAUCUUCUCCGACGUUGCGGUCCUAAUUUACGUCUUUGAUAUCGAGUCACGGGAAGUUGAGCGUGACCUUGACACAUACAGCGCCAUUAUCAGUGCGCUAAAAGAAUACAGCCCGCACGGCUAUGUCUUCUGUCUCGUUCAUAAGCUUGACCUGAUUCAAGCCGAGCAUCGCCAACGGAUCUAUGAAGAACGCUCUGCCCUCAUCCGCAGUCGCACAGAACAUUUCGAUAUCGACACCUUCGGAAGCAGUAUCUGGGAUCAAUCUCUAUACAAGGCAUGGGCAGGAAUUGUGCACAAACUCAUUCCGAACCUCACAGUAAUCGAGCGAUUCCUGCAAGCAUUUGCCAAACGAAUCGACGCCGAGGAAGUAAUCCUCUUCGAGCGCUCGACUUUCCUCACUGUGACCUCUGUCUCGUCUGAGAUCGGCGACCUGAACCCAAUCUACGACCGCCACGAACGUCUAUCGAACAUCAUGAAAGCGUUCAAGCACUGCGCUGCUCGCAACACACACACAACACCCGCAUCCGCCGGGUUCGUCGUCAUGCACACCAAAACACCGCAGUUCAACGUCUUCCUUGGCCGCUUCACAGACAACACCUACAUCUUCAUCGUUGUGCCUCCAGGCGAGGCUGCCUACAACUGCGCGGUGCUGAACACCAUGCUUGCCAGGGAGGGCUUCUCCAAAGCCGCAGGUGCAGCCCACGGAGACGGCUUUCCGCUCCCCACACCGGAAACCCCAGAUGGCGAGUUCAAUAGCAAUAGUAACUAA